GAUUUCUUUUAGGGGACCUUUUAGUCAGCUGCACAAGGAUGUAAGCAUGGAGUCGAGCGGCUGACACUGGGAUUCCUGGACAAACGGUAUUUUCAUCAACAUUUUGAUGUCGAAAGAGGAGGCAUGGAACACCCAGCUUGUAUUUUGGAGGAAUUGAAGCAGUUUGUCGUAAAUGAUGCUCCACCAACAGUGUAUUACAUCCCAGAUUUCAUAUCGGAAGAUGAGGAGUCCUACCUUCAACAGCAGGUGUAUAACUCUCCCAAAACUAAAUGGACACAGCUGUCAGGCAGAAGGCUUCAGAACUGGGGAGGAUUACCACAUCCCAAAAGCAUGUUGGCAGAAAAGAUUCCUGACUGGCUCCAGAAGUACUGUGAGAAAAUCUCCGCUCUAGGUGCAUUCAGUGGGAAAACAGCCAAUCAUGUGUUGGUGAACGAGUACAAACAAGAGGAAGGAAUUAUGCCUCAUGAAGACGGCCCUCUGUACCACCCUACGGUAACCACCAUUAGCCUGGGCUCUCACACCCUCCUCGACUUCUACACGCCUGUCAGCAGCCAGGAGGGCGAUGCACCGCAGACAGAGGAGAACCGCUUCCUCUUCUCUCUGCUAGUGAAGCCGCGCAGUCUUCUGAUCCUGCAGGAUGACAUGUACCAGCGUCUCCUCCAUGGCAUCCGGGCCUGCGGCCAGGACACUCUGACGGACAAGGUGGUAAACCAGUCUGCUGCCGGGGCCCUGCCGGGAGAGACACUGACCCGAGGCACCCGAGUGUCGCUGACCAUACGACACGUGCCAAAAGUUAUGAAGACAAAGCUUAUACUGGGGAGGAAAUGAAGAAAGACUGCAUGUUGAUUUGAUAGUUUGUUACGGUGCUGUGUAGCAAAUAUUUACAGGAAAAGAAUGAUGCUUUUUUAAAUUUGGUAUUUUCAGUUGGUGAAUGAUUAAGUUGUUGAACUGGGAUCAGUUUUUGUUGAUUCAUAAGCUUCUCCUGUCAGCACUACAUGCAUAAAAUGGAUAUAACAUUA